AUGAGUUGCUGGGCGCCGUUGGCGCGGCUGGGGGCGUGCGCGCCGAGCAACGGCAUCGUGGCGUGUCUGAACGCGUGCGACGGCCCCACCAUCGACUGCUACGACACCUGCUACACCGACUCCGGCUGGCUCCCACCGCUCUCCACCGCUGAGCUCAUCGCGUUCCCCAUCUCCGCUUGCUGCCUGCUGGCCAUGUCGCUUGUUAUCUCCUGCAUGAUGUCGUCUACUCUCGGACUCGAUAUGGCCACGUUGCAGGCAGCAAUGGAUGGCGUGGACGAGAGGCUUGGGGCGGCAAUGGAUGGAGUGGACGAGCGGCUGAGGUGGCAGGCUGCCAAGGUGGCAGCGCUGCGCACACGUGGCAGUCUGCUGCUCACCACGCUAUUGGUCGCCAGCACCAGCGUCAACGUCAGCUUCACGCUCUUCGUCUCAGGCGUGUUGGGCAUGGUGAUGGGGUUUGUCCUCUGCGUGCUGCUCAUCCUGCUCUUCGCUGAAACCACUCCUCGCAUUCAUCCCACCCGUUACGCCACUCCCCACUGCUCUCCACCCGCUGCUCCUCCCAGGCGUGUUGGACAUGGUGAUGGGGCGUGUUGGGCAUGGUCAUGGGCUUCAUCCUCUGUGUGCUCCUCAUCCUGCUCCUCACCGUGUUCCACCACUCUCCACCGCUUUCCACCCCGCUCUCCCAGGCGUGUUGGGCAUGCUGAUGGGAUUCAUCCUCUGUGUGCUCCUCAUUCUGCUCUUCGUCGAAAUCGCUCCCCCGGCCAUCUGUGCGCGCCACUCCCUCCGCAUCGCCUCCGCCACCGCAUGGCUCGCCCGCCUGCUGCUGCUGCUGCUCUCGCCCGUGGCUUACCCCGUCAGCCUGCUGCUGGACCGGUACCUCAACAACCAGGAGGACGAAGAGGAGAGCAGCUUGCGACGUGGGCUCCUGUGCGGGUGAGUGUGCUUUUGUGUGUGGGAAGAGUGGGAGAUGGAGAGGGAGAGGGAAAAGGAGAGGGAAAAGGAGAGUCAGCCACACUCCCUCCGUAUCGCCUCCGCCACCGCAUGGCUCGCCCGCCUGCUGCUGCUGCUGCUGUCGCCGGUGGCAUAUCCCGUCAGCCUGCUGCUGGACCGAUACCUCAACAACCAGGAAGACGAGGAGGAGAGCAGCUUGCGACGCGGGCUGCUGUGUGGGUGAGUGUCCUUGUGUGUGUGGGAGAGUGGGAGGGAGAGGGAAGGGGGGAGGGAGAGGGGAUGGGAGCCACUCGCUCCCCCCGCCAUCUGUGCGCGCCACUCCCUGCGCAUCGCCUCUGCCACAGCGUGGCUCGCCCGUCUGCUGCUGCUGCUACUGCUGCUGCUGCUGCUGCUGUCGCCGGUGGCAUAUCCCGUCAGCCUGCUGCUGGACCGAUACCUCAACAACCAGGAAGACGAGGAGGAGAGCAGCUUGCGACGCGGGCUGCUGUGCGGGUGAGUGUGUGUGCGCGCGUGAGGGGAUGGGGUGACAGAGGCUCCAGCUGUGCGGAUCCCUACUGCAUGAAGCACGGCGGCUCAGCGGGCUCCUCCCCUCGCAUCUACAUCACCAACCCCCUCGCCAACCCGCCCUCCCUCGAAUUCCCCGACACCACCGCCUCUGCCCUCGACACUGGGAGUGCUGCUCCUGCUGCUCCUCCCGCUGCUUCUGCCGGUGCUGCUGCUGCUGCUGGUGGCGCUGCUGCUGGUGCCGCAGCCAUAGCCGUCGGCACAGCAGCAGCAGCAGCAGCAGCAGCAGCGGGUGGUGCUGCCGUUGCUGGCGCAGCAGCAGGAGCAGGAGCAGGAGCCCAGCCUACCUCUGCCUCCUUCUCAUCCCGAGAAGCAGGGGGGGCUGCGGGGGAAACAGGCGAGCAGACGGAGGAGAGGGAUGAAGAGGAAGAAGAGGAGGAGAGUGCGGCGCUGUAUUCAGAGGACAUGGACUCCAACACCAGAAUGCACAUGGCUGGAUUCGGCGCCAUGCCCCCUAGGUCUGGCCAGUCUGGCCAGUACGACUCGAGUCGCUCCAAGCCCGUCAGCGGCGGCAGCGACUCUCCCCUGCGGCGCCGAAUCGAGCAGGCAGCUGACCGGGCCGCUGCUGCUGCUGGUGCUGGUCCCUCCACGCCUGCUGGUGCCAGCACUGGUGGGGGGGAGAGCGGGAGGAAAACGGAGAGUGGGGCGAUAGGAGAGAGUGGAGCGAUCGGAGAGAGCGGGGAUGAGGUGGCGAUGGCGCUGCCUGUGGGGGAGAGUCAGGAGUAUACGAGUGUGGAGGUUGGGGAGGAGGGGGAGGGGUACAGCACUCGGGAGGAGGAGAGUAGUGAGAAGGUGGGGAGGGGAGGGAGAGGAGGGAGUGGGAGAGGAGGGAGAGGAGGGAGUGGGAGAGGAGGGAGAGGAGGGAGUGGGAGAGGAGGGAGUGGGAGAGGAGGGGAGGAGACGGCAGAGGAGUCGGACGAAGUGCCGAUGGCACUGCCAACGUCUUCUGAUGAUGUUGAUACGGAGUCAGACGACCAGAGGAGGAACCUCGGACGGACUCCGCCGCAGCCCCCCCCUCCACCACCCACUCCCGCCACCCCUGCCGCUGAUUCCCCUGCUGGUGCCGCUGCUGCUGGUGUGGUAGCGGGGGCAGCAGUGGGGGCAGCGGCUGGAGCAGCAGCAGCCGCAGCAGCGGGAGGAGGGAUGGGGUUGAGAAGCAGACCAGUGAUGCACGAGACGAUAGUUGAGAUUGGGUCUGAAGGGGAAGGAGAGGAGGAGGAGAGUGAGGAUGAGAGGAGUGAGGAGGAGGAUGUUGUAGAGGCAGAGGCUUAUAGCGGGGAUAGUGGUGCUGUGCAAUCAGGGGCAGCAGGAGGGGUAGCAGCAGGAGCGGCAGGAGCAGCAGGAGCAGCGGCAGCAGGAGGAGCAGCAGUUGGAGGAGCAGCAGGAGCAGCAGUAGGUGGUGCUGGUACCAGUGGUGCUGCUGCUUCCACUUCAGCAGCGUUGACCCCACCACCUGCCAUAGCAGCAGGAGCAGCGGAAGGAGCAGGCACAGCAGGAGCAGCAGAAGCAGGAGGAGGAGCGGCAGGGGCGGGAGGGAUGAGUGUGGCUGAGGGAUUUGCAGCAGCAGCCGCAGCUGUGGGUGCAUUUGCGCUCAUGCCAUUCCGAUGGGGGCAGAAGCAGCCGACGCAGCAGGAGGAGGAGAAGCAGCAGCAGGGUGAGAAGAAGGAACCAUCACCACCAGCAUCCCCAUCAGGGCGGAUACAAGUGGUUGUGCACGGUACAGGGGGGCCAGGAGGGGUAGGAGGACCCAGCAGCAGCAGCGGUGGCAGCUGGAGAGACAACAGCAAGGAUGUUGAUAGCAAGGGAGACUCUUUGCCAGGAGGACCCAUGGGUCCAUCCCCUCUCCCUCCCCCACCUGCUGACCCCCGCCUCUCCGCCUUUCCCCCUACCGCCCCUCCCCCUCCCGCUGGCCCUUCCGCCUCCCCCUCCUUCCCCCUCCGACCCACACCCGCGCCCGCUCCCCCCGCUGCCUUCCCUGCGUCCUCCGAAGCGCCCUCCUUUCCCCUGCGGCCGAUUCCUGCUGGUGCGGCUGCUGGUGCCGCUGCUGGUGCUGCUUUAGCCAGUGGCAGCGGCCGUGGGGGUGGGGGAGAAGCGGCGGAAGAGGGGAGGAGCAUGGGGUUUGAGAGGGACGAGUCUUGGGCCACGGCACCUGAAGGGGGGAGGAGUGUGAGGUUUGGGAGAGAUGAGUCAUAUGCAACAGCAUAUGAUAGUGAAGGGGGUGGUGGCGGUGAGGAGGAGGGUGAUGGAGCCGGUGCUUCUGCUAGCGCUGCUGCUGCUGCAGCAGGGGCAGCAGGGGUGGCAGGAGCGGCAGGAGCAGCAGGAGGGCGGGGAUAG